GUCUUGUCCGUUUUUUUCUAAGCGUAUGGCGAAGGUUUUUGGAGAGUGUAAUACUUCUUUACGUGGCUUUUUUAUAUCUUUACCCUGCGAUCUAAUCAGAUUUAGAUGGUGUUACAGAAAACUUAUGCUUACUUUACAGAGAAAUAUGGUAAUAAGAACUCUGCGCAAAGUGUAUAUGGCCACCACAUCGGUUGGUAAUUCCAGUUCUGGCGCUGUUGAUACCACUAUAGAUUAUAAAAUGUUGAAAAAGCGACAUGAUUUAUUGAAGAAUCCUUUUGUUCUCGCUGGAAUUGUACUACCAUGGAUUGCUUUGCAUGGCUUUUUGAAGCCUCAUUCAGAAAGAAUAUCGUUCGCCGAGCACAGAUUUCGCAUCUUCCUACAGUUCUGUACAUUUAUUACAGUCUUUUCGGUGGCGACAAUGAUGCGAAGAAAUAAAUCGAGACACUGAGGAAAAUGUGUAUAGAAGUGGUUGAACUAAUGAGGGAAGUACUAUUGACAUUCACUAUUAACAUUGAAUACUGCCAAUAUCUUCUAGCUUUUCAGAGAUUUUUCUCGUUAAGAAUACCAUUAUAACACGUCCUCAUAGUAUUUAUUGAAUUUCUAGAUUUUAAAGUGGGAUUUAAGCACAUGUAAAAGCGCGGUUGUAAUAUUUUGUCUCAUUGUAAGUACUGAUUCAAGUUUAUUUCUGAACUGGCAUUUCUGAACCACAUCUUUCGAACCACAACCUUUAUUUCUGAACCACAUCUUUCGACCAUAUUUCUUGCUGAUCUCUAAAUGAUCAUUGAUCUCUCCAUUUCUUCUUUUUACCGUCAUUAUUGAUUUGAUAUUUUCUGUUAUUUCUGUCAGUUUUG